AUGGAAACAUAUUCAGAUAGAAACUUCUUCUUUCUCAUCCAUGCAAAAUGUAAUUCCUUCACACUUUUUUCUGCAGAAUUUCAUCACUCCAAAGCAGAUGAAACUUAUACAACAAAAUUAAAUAAAAGAAAGAAUAAAAAUGAAGGAAAACAAACCAAAAGUAUUGAAGUGAAAUGGAACUCACAAAACUACAAAAGAAGCUCUUGGGUGAUAAUUAUUUUCCACUCAGAAAUAUUGCAUUUUCAUCAUAAUCAUAAAAAGCUUCCAACAAAUGAGAUGAAGAACAAGAAAGAAAAAAACAAACAGAGCAGUGAACAGCAACGCCAUGAUGCUGAUACAAAUGAAGAACUUUAA